AUGUCAGACGCUUUUUCUGCGAUUCCGGCCGCUGUUCAUCGCAAUCUCUCCGAUAAACUCUAUGAGAAGCGGAAAAAUGCUGCGCUUGAGCUGGAGAGUACUGUGAAGAAUCUGACUUCUUCGGGUGGCCAUGACAAGAUCUCGAAAAUCAUUGAGAUGUUGAUUAAGGAGUUUGCCAAAUCCCCUCAAUCAAAUCAUCGACAGGGUGGACUUAUUGGCUUAGCUGCUGUAACCAUUGGUUUGUCUUCAGAAGCUGCUCAAUUUCUCGAGCAAAUAGUGCCACCUGUGGUUAAGUCCUUUUCUGAUCAAGAUAGCCGAGUUAGGUACUCUGCAUGUGAAGCUCUCUAUAACAUUGCGAAGGUUGUGAGAGGCGAGUUCAUUAUUUUCUUCAAUCAGAUUUUUGAUGCUUUAUGCAAACUCUCAGCGGAUUCUGAUGCCGAUGUUCAAAGUGCUGCUCAUCUUUUAGAUCACCUUGUUAAGGAUAUUGUGACGCUCAGUGAUGAGUUCAGUAUUGAGGAGUUCGUACCCCUGUUAAAAGAACGCAUGAACGUUUUAAACCCUUACGUUCGACAAUUUCUGGUAGGAUGGAUCACUGUUCUUGACGGUGUUCCAGAGAUUGAUCUGCUUGGGUUUCUGCCGGAUUUUCUUGAUGGGUUAUUCAAUAUGUUGAGCGACUCUAGUCAUGAAAUACGACAGCAAGCUUAUUCAGCUCUUUCAGAGUUUCUUCAAGAGAUACAAGAUUCACCAUCUGUAGAUUAUGGUCGCAUGGCUGAAAUACUGGUGCAGAGGGCUUCUUCUCCUGAUGAAUUCACUCGUUUAACGGCCAUCACGUGGAUAAACGAGUUUGUGAAACUCUGGGGAGACCAGCUCGUGCGUUACUAUGCUGAUAUUCUUGGAGCUAUAUUGCCUUGCAUAUCUGACAAAGAAGAAAAAAUCAGGGUGGUUGCUCGUGAAACCAAUGAAUUACUUCGUUCGAUCCAUGUUCAACCCUCAGAUGGUUUUAAUGUUGGUGCAAUUCUCUCUGUAGCAAGGAGGCAGCUAUCAAGUGAUUAUGAAGCUACUCGAAUUGAAGCAUUAAAUUGGAUAUCAGCACUUUUAAACAAGCAUCGUACUGAGGUCAUGUGCUUCCUGGAUGACAUAUUUGACACACUGAUUAAAGCACUAUCUGAUUCUUCUGAUGACGUGGUGCUAUUGGUCCUAGAGGUUCAUGCUGGUGUAGCAAAAGAUCCACAGCACUUUCGCCAGCUCAUCGUCUUUCUAGUCCACAAUUUUCGAGCUGAUAAUUCUCUAUUGGAAAGGCGUGGUGCCCUUAUAGUCCGGAGAUUGUGUGUACUUUUGGAUGCAGAAAGAGUCUAUCGAGAGCUCUCAACUAUACUCGAGGGAGAAGAUAAUCUUGACUUUGCUUCAACUAUGGUUCAGGCAUUGAAUUUGAUUUUGCUUACAUCCUCGGAGUUAUCAAAACUAAGAGAUCUUUUAAGAGGCUCACUCGUCAAUCCCGAAGGAAAAGAACUCUUGGUUGCCCUGUACGCUUCAUGGUGCCAUUCACCAAUGGCAAUGAUAAGCCUAUGCUUAUUAGCUCAGGCUUACCAGCAUGCGAGUGUGGUGAUUCAAUCAUUAGUAGAAGAAGACAUAAACGUGAAAUUUCUUGUACAGCUUGAUAAGUUGAUCCGUCUUCUCGAAACUCCAAUCUUUACUUACCUUAGAUUGCAGCUUCUGGAACCAGGAAGCUACACAUGGUUGCUGAAAACGCUUUAUGGUCUUCUAAUUACCGCCUUUCUUUCUUGUAUGCAGCAAAGUUCGGCGUUUAAGAUACUUCGGACAAGGCUCAAAACUGUCCCGACGUACUCAUUCAGUGGCGGAGUUCAUUUCUUUCAGUAUAUGCAUCGUCACGAGGACGGUGGUGAGACAGAAGACAAUAACAUCAACACUUCUCACCAAGGAAUCAAUUUUGCUGCACGGCUCAAACAAUUUGAGAACGUACAGAAGCAGCAUCGUGCCCAGACAAAAGACUUAGAGUGA